UUAUUGUACGGAGUCUCUUAAAUAUAAGGCCUGACUAUGGCUGUGAUUAAAGUCUCGCUAUAAAUGCUUUGAAGCAUUUGGUGGACCAAUUAGAAGAAAGAAUUUUACAAACUGACUAAUUAAAAAACGCUUCAAAGCGUUUGCAACAUCGCAUUGACCGUACCCUAUGAAUACGAGUAUGUCCUAGCUGGAAAACAGCCCUGUAACAACUCUCUGAUUGGUUGACACUGCGCACUUCAGCAGCGAAACAACUUAACCUAUUUUAGAUCAAACAGACCAGACUUCACAUCGUCAAUCAUUAGAAGCGCUGAGUAGUUAGUUUCAUUAACUUUUUUGGCAAACAGUAUGAAAUUACAAUUGUCAAACCUGCCAAACUAUUUUAUGGAACAUGGGAGAUAAAGAGCAUCAUGUUCACUUUAGCGGUGGAAGUGGAUUUGGAAAAGAUAACAAUAUUAUGAUACAGCCACAGCGACAUGGUCAUAUAGACGCUCAUUUAGGAUUCUUGCAAUUGUAUCACAGAUAUCACGUAGAAUUUUCAGUACCAUGGAACACAUGUAUUCAUCCAGACGAAAAGACAGUAGCUCCGGCAGUAAUUGCAGGAAAUCACAAUGCAAAUUGUCAUAUUAUCGAUUUUGCACAAGAAAAAGAUGGCUUAAGGUUAAAAGUUGAGCUAUUGGCAUAUAAGGAGAAAAUAUUAAAAGAAAAUGUUGAAGUGAUGUGUUGUCCAUCAGGUACUCCAUUAAAAAUUGUACUGAAUGCACGUGUGUUAGCUAAAGACAAGGGUACACCAUUGUUGAGAAAUGGCAUACGCAGUAUUGCUGUAGAAGGAACCAACGAAGAUGAAAUGUCUGAAUAAUGUUGCUUAUUAUCGAGCUAUCUUUUGCUGAUAAAUAUUUAAGCAUUUAAGUGCUGAAUACUAGUUCAAAUGAAUGAACAACUCAGCAUAGCCAAAAGAUCUUGUAAUCAGACUACAGCGAAUGUUGCAAUUGUAAAUGGCUAAGCUCCACGAGAGAAGAUAAUUUGCCUACUGCUCUUAAAAAUAUAUCACGCGCAAAAUGUCUGCAAAAGCAAUAAUAUCACUUAUUCUCUACCACUUAUUAUGUACGCAUUAUGUAUUAAACAAAUUCUAUUUUAUUAUCAUUUUAUAUCAAUCAAUAUCGAUGUUAAUUUCCAACGAAACUUCUGCUAAAUAAACAUCAGUGGCACUAAA